UAAACUUGCAGCCCCUUCAGUUUGUACAGCAAUUCACAGUGAGUAGGGAAAAGGGGACUUGAAACUAGGACAGAGCAGUCUGGCCCCUUUCCCUUCGAACCAGAGGCGCAGAGAGAAGACACUAGUCUUAGGCGGAGAGAGAAAAGGAGAAGAGAUUUUUUGGGAAGCUUGCUGCAGUCACUGAGGAAAGAAACCCCAGGACUCAGACCAGGGUGUCAACAUUGCAGAACAUCGAAUUUUAUAGAUUUCUUUUUUUCUAUUAUAUCAGGGGAAGAAUAUUCACUGAACAGAAAUCUCAUCAUCUGGAAACAUGCACAAGCGUACAAAGAUAAAGAUUGCCAUCUUCGUGCUGCUGGUGGGUAUGGCUUGCAUGUUCACGGCAGUGGUGACGGACCACUGGGCAGUGCUCAGCCCGCAGGUGGAUAAAGUCAAUGAGACCUGCGAGGCGGCCCACUUCGGCCUGUGGAGGCUGUGCAAGAAGCACAUCUACAUGAGCUUGGAAAACUACGUGGCAGGGCAGGGCUGCGGACCCAUCAGCCUACCUGGAGAGGAAAACUGCACUUACUUUCGACACUUCACUCCUGGACAGGAUGCAGAGAUAUUUGAAUAUAAAACACAAAAAGAAUACAACAUCUCUGCUGCCGCCAUCUCCAUCUUCAGUCUGGCCUUCAUAAUCCUGGGGUCUCUGUGUUUGAUGGGAUCGUGUACCGGUAAAGGCAAAGGAAGAGACUACCUCCUCAAACCUGCUGGCAUGUUCUUUGCAUUUGCAGGUCUCUGUGCCUUCAUCUCCCUGGAGGUGAUGCGUCAAUCAGUCAAACGCAUGAUCGAGAGUGAAGACACAAUCUGGAUCGAAUACUACUAUGCCUGGUCCUUUGCCUGCGCCUGCACCGGCUUCAUCCUCCUGUUUCUCACCGGCAUCGCCCUCCUCAUCCUCUCAAUGCCCCAGAUGCCCAGGAAUCCAUGGGAGACUUGCAUGGACGCCGAGCCAGAUCAAGUGGAGUGAUAGCUAGACGGACAGACAGACAAACACAGGAUGAGAGUUGACUGUGUCUUUUAUUCUUACAGAUGUUUAGAUUCAUUUCAAAACGAGCGCUGGCCAUAAAAGGGUAAUGACAUGAUGAAAGGGACUGGUUUGGGUGUGGGUGGACCAUAGUCAUGAUAGGGAAAUGUACCUCCCUACAAUUAUGCAGCAACUUGAAUAUGGGCCUUUUGUCGGAGCUCCUGUACGCCCAUCCAGAUAUCACACUUCUCAUUUGCAGUUUAUUAGUAAGUACUUUUAGUAUGCUCGGCACAAAAAGAACUAUUAAAAACGGUUAAUGACACACCACUGUUAGGCGACCACUAAUUUGGUCUCCCAAAUGUCACCAUCACGCACACCUUAGUUAAACAGACAUUAGGAUUUUAGUUAGAGUUACAUUUUGAGAAUAUUGUGCAUACAGUUGUGGCCUGGCAUCUACCAUAGGCGACUAUGUGAUUUUAUGUACUGCAUUAUGUAUGAUAUCUUGUACAUAUCGAAUGUUCGUCUGUUGAUUUUUGUAUGGGAUCGCUCAAGGAGGCAGUUACUUACAAGAACUAUCAAUUAAGUAAAAGAAGUCAAGACAUAUGCAUUCAAAUGUUAAGUUGUAUAUUUCUAAGAUUUAUAAGGAACCUUUACAUAUGAAGGAUGUGCCAUUAAACUUUGAGAAUAAAUGACUGAUUUUUAGCUAAGGGGUAGUACAGAGCAGGUUUGUGUGUACGUGCGUGUGUGGCAGGCUGAAUGCUAAACACCCACACAGCCUGCAGCACUGAUCACGUUGGAAAAGGUUCAGUUCUAGCAGGUGCACAUACAAGGCUUUUUACUUUUUGUUGAUGGCUUCCAAACCAAACUGAUACAAAAAAAUCUCAGUCCAUUUUCAUGUGUCAUCGUGGCACAUUUGAUACAGCAGUUGCAUUGACCAUUUUCUCUGUGUAGAACAAAUGUACAAAGAUUAUAACCCACAUGGGUUCAUAGUGAUGUACUUGGCAACCUUUAACUGCAUGUGCAGACAAAAGGUCAUUGUCAGUUCAGCUAUAUUGAUUUUUAUUUCAUCUGUAAAAAUAGCAUGCUGUUUUAGAAUGGACUGUCAAACAACACCCUCUGUCCUUGGACCCUCGAUUCGGGUAAGAUAAAACUCCCCAAAAAACCCUCUUCACAGGGGAAAAUUAUAAGAAACCUCAGGAAGAGCCACUGAGGAGGGAACCCCCUGCGAAUUCUACUUUGGAAAAAGUUUUACAUGUGAGUUAUAUUACAUCUUGUUUCAGGGUCAAGUUCAAACUGCUCUGGUCCAGUUGGGUUUGAGAACCAGAAAAACCUCUAUGAGCUGCUUAUGCUGCACCAAUACUAUACACCUUUUCCAUGGUAGAGCCAGUGGUGGAAGAAGUACUCAGAUCUUAGUAAAAGUAGCAAAACCACAGUGUUGACAUACCCUGUUACACGUACAAGUUCCGCAUCAAAAUAAAGUUAAAGUACCAAAAGUAAAAGCACUCAUUGUGCAGAAUGAAUCGAUAAAGUUUAGCUGAUGUUGUUUGUGAGAGCUGGAACCGUCCACAUUAUGAAUUAUGAAUUUGAUCAGGGCAAAAUUCUUUUGACUUGACUGACAUUUUUGUCUGACUGUUACUUUUCUGAUAUGUUUGACUAAGAAAUGAGUAAAAUAAAAAAGAAGAAAAUCAAACCGGAAUAAUAAUAGUAGCGGCAAUUGCUGAUAUGAAUUUCUAUAUUCUUUCUUAUGUUUUGACUUUUUCAUUGAAUAUGGCAUGCAAUUAAAAAGGUUUUGAAUGCAAUAGAUUCUCUUUGUGUGUUUGUUUAUGUGCUAUACCUUUGUAAUGAAAAUAAAUCUUGAUAAGCUUUGGAAAA